CAUCCUUAUUGCGGUAAUACCCGCUGUUGCCAAGACAACGGACAUUUGAGACUAGCGCACUAAAAUGGCGGCAUACGUUGCUACUCACGAUCGUUCGGUGUUAGCAAAGGCAUAUGAAGACACAAAAGUUUCUGCCACGCAGAAUACAACUCACAGGGAUAUCUUAGCAAUAGGAAAUGACCUCUACCAAAGAACUGUUGAUGAGCUUGAAACAGAAAAGCAACAGAAUGUAACAGAGGUCGAACAAAGAGCAUGGCGCUUAGCUUCUGAAGAGAAAGCAAGAGCUCUUAAGGAAGCCCGUGAAGCUGCUGAAGUGGAGCUAGAAAAAGCUAUGGCUGCUGCCAAGAAAGCUCAGGAAAAGGCAGUAAAGGCAGAGUCAAAGAGAGUAGAAGCAGUGAUGAAGAAACUAGCAGCUCAGCAAGUUCAGCGGGAGAAAGAUGAGGGUCAAAAGAGACUGGAGGAGGCACUGGUGAAGGCUAGGGAAGAAUUUUUGUUGGAAAAAUCGAAGGCUGUGCAGAAAGCUAGGGAAGAGGAACAAGCUACAGCUGCUGAUGAGGCAAAGAAGGUGGCUCAAGCUGAAGAGGAGAAGAGAAAGCAAAUGAUUCUGGCUGCUGAGAAAGAGAAACAGCAAGCUUUGAAGAAUCUUAAAGAAAGAUUAAAACAAGAAGAAAAACAGGCAAUUGUGGAAAUGGAGGAAAAAUGUAAAAAGGAAGAGGAGAUAAAACUGCUGCAACAAAAGGACGCCCAUGAGAAAGAAGUGAAAGAGUUAGAAAGCCGUAUUGAUGAGCAGAUUCAGCAGAAGGUGGCUGCUGAAGAGGAAACGGAAAGGAUAAAAGAAAUGAAAGGGAAAGUAGAAGACAAGUUAAAGAACACAGUAGCUGCAUUUCAGAACUUUAUUGACACAACAAGAGGCUUUAACAAAGGACACGCAGACUUCUUGAUACUGGAUCCGUUAAAAGAUGAUGAUGAAAGUUGAAGAAAUAUUGUGUACAGCUAGAGAACAUGUAGAUAUUAAAUUUACUUUUUGUGUUGAAUUUUAUGUUUCGAGUACAAUUUUAUAUUAAUAAUUUUAUUUUAGAUAUACACACGUUCUUCAUAUUAACCUACUGUUUGUGUAAAUGUUUACUUAUUGUUUUGCAAUAAGUAAAUAAAAAACUGCAAUAAAAACUGGGAAAAAAAAUUGAUUGUUCUGAAUCUUUACUUUAGGAAGAUGCUCGAGAAUCACUCAAAUGUUCAUUAUGAUAAUGGGUCUGGUUAGAAUGAUUGUUCAGAUUGACAAAUUGUACCCAUUUGUAAAUCUUUGGAGAAAGGCAUAUCAUAAGAUCGCACAUUAAAGUCCCCCCACUUCNCCCC